CUUCUGACCGCCUUCUCAUUCGUUGUGAAUCACACAGACAAUCGGGCGCAAAGGAUAACUGCGAAUACAGAGACGUGAAGACUGCGAAGACGGACUUUUCGCGGAGGCAUGGACGCCACCCGUUUGGUGAUAAACAUGGGGUUCAGUAGAGGUGGCUGGGUGUCCGGUUUUAUCCUUCUCCCGGUCCUUACCUCUGUCUUUGGAGCGAGCAAUUACUACUGUGAUGACCCUUUGCUGCCCUCUUUGCCUCCAAGCUCUUUUGACAGUUCCUCAAGAUUUUCCAGCGAUCACUUGCCACAGUUUGCAAAGCUAAAAAACAGAGACGGUGGGGGCGGCUGGUCACCUGCGGGAGAGGACCAGCGCCCGUGGCUGCAGGUGGACCUGCGGGAGCGCGUGGAGGUCAGUGCCCUGGCCACACAGGGCCGCUGGAGCAGUCAGGACUGGGUUGGCCAGUACCAGCUGCUCUACAGUGACUCCGGACGAGCCUGGAGGCAGUACCGCCACAGUGACGUGCUGUGGACUUUUCCAGGAAACACAGACGUGGACUCUGUGGUCCACCACAAGCUGCCCCACCCUAUACGAACCCGUUUCCUGAGGCUGGUGCCCCUUAAGGGAAACCCCAGAGGAGGCAUUGGCCUGAGAGUAGAAGUAUACGGCUGCACUUAUAAGUCGGAUGUGGCAGACUUCGAUGGUCGCAGCGCGUUGCUCUACCGGUUCAACCAGAAGUCGAUGAGCACAGUAAAGGACGUGAUUUCGCUGCGCUUCAAGAGCCAGCAGGCCGACGGGGUGCUGGUCCACGGCGAGGGCCAGAAGGGGGACUACAUCACCCUGGAGCUCCAGCAGGCCAGGCUCAUUCUACAGCUAAACCUCGAUGAGUCUAAGCCCCGUAGAGGCAGCACUCGUUCAGCCGUGACCCUGGGCAGCCUGUUGGAUGACCACCACUGGCACUCGGUCCUGAUUGAGCGCUUCAGCCGGUGGGUGAACUUCACUGUAGACCACCACACCCAGCACUUCCAGACCCAGGGGGAGGAGGACUCUCUGGAGGUGAACUACGAGCUCAGCUUUGGGGGAAUCCCUUUACCUGGCAAGCCAGGAACCUUCCUGAAGGAGAACUUCCAUGGCUGUAUGGAGAACCUGUACUACAAUGGAGUGAAUAUAAUUGACCUGGCAAAGAGACGCAAGCCACAGAUCUACAGCACGGGGAAUGUGACGUUCCAUUGUUCCGAGGCUCAGCCGCUGUCGGUGACGUUCCGCAGCCUCGACAGCUUCCUGACAGUGCCCGCCGACCUUGGAACGGAGAGCUUCUCCGCUCGCCUCCAGAUCCGCACGUGGAACCGCGAGGGACUCAUUGUCACAGCCCCGCUGGCAUGGGAACCGGCAGCAGCAGCUGCACUGCGGCUUGUCUUACAGCUCCAGGGGGGGCGAGUGCUCCUCUCCCUCCACAGCCACUCUGACCCCCCCACACAACUCUACUCAGAGCAGACCGUGAGUGACGGCCAGUGGCACUCCCUGAGAGUGGAGAUGAAGGGGCCACAAGUGUUUCUGACUGUGGACAACCAGGGGUCCAUCAUCUCUGAGGCCAAGCAUCAGGUCACCAGUGGGAAAAGGCCGGCCGUUGUGUUGUUUGGAGGAUGUGCCACGUCCUUACCCAACCUUGUAUGCGAGAGUGGUGCUUUGGGAUUGCAGGGCUGCAUGCGCCUCAUGUUCGUAAACAAUUACCCCGUCAACCUGCUCCAUGUGCAGCAAAGGACUCUGGGAAACUACAGCCAACUAGAUUUUGAUGUCUGUGGGAUACGAGACAGGUGCACGCCUAACUACUGUGAGCAUGGAGGCCAGUGCACCCAAAGCUGGAGCCAGUUUUACUGCAACUGCUCGGGGACAAGCUACACAGGAGCUACCUGCCACAGCCGUCAGUUCACUUACUCAACUAUACCCUUAGCUCUGAUCAUGUUAUCAUUUCCACAGCUCUGUAAGCAGUGGUCGUGUGAAGCGCACCGCGACAAAGUUGACCGCGACAAAGCUGACCCCUCGGGCACGUACACCCUCGACCUGGAUGGAAGUGGACCUCUGGAGAGCACACCUGUGACUUGUAGCCAAACAGAGGACAAAGUUUGGACUGUGGUCAACCAUGACCAAAUGGGGCCCGUCCGAGUGCGGGGAUCCACGCUGGAGAACCCUUACACUAGGUCCUUGAACUACAGCCUCCCGCCAAGCCACAUACAGAGCCUGGUCACCACCUCCCUGCAUUGCCAACAGGAAGUCAUCUACCAAUGCAGGAAGUCCCGCCUAUUUAACACCUGGGACGGCACACCCCUGUCGUGGUGGCUGGACCGGGAUGGGGUGAAAAGGACGUACUGGGGGGGCUUCCUACCUGGGGUGCAGCAGUGUUCCUGCAGCCUGGAGGGGAACUGCAUGGACAUGAACUACUUCUGCAACUGUGAUGCCGACCGUGACACAUGGGUAAAUGAUACUGGCCUGCUGUCUUAUAAAGACCAUUUGCCUCUAAGGGAAAUUGCCAUCGGUGACACAAACAGGACUGGCUCUGAGGUGGUGUUCAAAAUUGGACCACUGCGUUGUUACGGCAACAGAUUCCUGUGGAACUCUGCAUCCUUCUACCAGGAGACGUCCUACCUCCACUUUCCUCCUCUCCAAGCGGAGCUAACCCUUGACCUUUUUUUCUAUUUCAAGACCAGCACCCUCUCAGGUGUCUUCCUGGAGAAUCUUGGGGUCCAGUCUUUCAUCAGGUUGGAGUUAAGCUCUCCGUCCUCUGUAACGUUCACCUUUGACCUCGGCAACGGCCCUGUCCAACUCACUGUCAGCUCCCCCGUUGCCCUGAAUGACCGGCAGUGGCAUCAGGUGCGCGUGGAGCGCAACCUGAAGGGGGCAUUGCUGCAGGUGGACCAGCUACCCCUGCGUCGCGUCGCCGCACCACCCGAGGGAAACUUGUUCCUGCAGCUCAGUGGACAGCUGUUUGUAGGUGGGACUGCCUCGCGACAGGGGGGCUUUCAGGGUUGCCUGCGUGCUCUGACCGUGAACGGCGUGGCCCUUGACCUUGAGGAGCGGGCCAAGACCACUCCAGGGGUGUCCCCUGCCUGCCCAGGUUACUGCAAUGGUGACAGUGUCUGUCACCAUGGCGGAAAGUGUGUAGAGCAGAGGAAUGGCUACGUGUGUGACUGCUCACAGACAGCCUUUGGAGGCCCUCACUGCAGCACAGUGAUGGCAACGGCGUUUGAUGGAGGCUCCUCACUCACCUACUCCUCCCAGGAGACGCUGUCAGGGAUCCGGGACAGGGACUCCAAGAUAUCCCCCGUCAAGGAGGACGCUGGGGUCACGGGUCAGUCACUGGACAGCGUGACGCUGGGUUUCCAGACGAGACACGCGCCCGCGCUGCUCCUGGUGGCGCAGGGGCUCGGACGGCGCUACGUGGCCAUCAUCUUGACCAGAGCCGGAAGUAUGCAGAUCAAGUAUCGUCUAGACGAGGAUAAGGAGCCAGACUCACUGAGCCCCAGGUCCCCAAGUUUAUCUAACGGCCAGCUACACUGGCUCCGACUGAGUCGUGAAGGAAAGGAUGUGUUUGUUCAAAUAGAUGAUGGCCUGACACAAAUCUUCACACUCACAUCUGCGUCUGCCCUGAGACCUUUAAAGAGUGUGACACUCGGCAAACUCUCUGGAAGUGACAUCAUGGAUGAAGAGGUGGUUGAAGCAGGACUAAGUGGUUUCAUUGGCUGUCUGUCCUCAGUCCAGUUCAAUCAGGUCGCCCCUCUGAAGGAGGCUCUGGGUCACAGAAGCUCGUUGGUCAGCAUCAGCGGCCAUCUGUCUGAGUCCAGCUGCAGUUCUCUGUCCACUCCAAACACUCUGGCCACAACACACUCACUUGCAGACCACUCAGAGAAAGGAGGCCGAGGCAAAGAGCCCCUAAAGGAGACGGAGCACAAUGAGUCAGCAGUCAUUGGAGGUGUGGUGGCUGCGGUGGUGUUCACCACCCUCUGCGCCAUGGGGGUAAUCAUCCGCUUUCUGUACCAGCACCGGAGGCCUCCGCCCCCACCCGUCAUGGCUGAAAAGAAGGAGCACCGCGGCAGCCUGGACCCCCACCCUCCACACCCCCCGCAUCCGUAUCGGACUGAGCUGGAGCCCCACAAGUCCACCAUGGACCAUAAGGAGUAUUUCAUCUGAGUGCAUUGGGGGUUCUGCUAUCAUAGCAAAUCUCAUGGUCCUAAAUAAGGCAAGAAAACUGUUUGCCACUCAUAGAAAAUGCCACCCAAAAGCCUUCUAACUCUCCCUAUUUUCUGCUGUUGUUAUUUUGGGCUAGCCCAGGAAAGGGGCGUGGCACUACCUGAGAUGGGGGAGGUCCCUCACCAUGGAGAUUAUGGAUACUUUCCAGUGGUAUUGUGGGAUGUGAAGUCCUUUUUUGCAUCUGUUACUAUCUAACUUAGUCAUGAGUAAAUCAUACAACAUGCCAGUACAGAUAUGCAGGUUUUUCAUCCACCAAGUUGCAUCUUCAGAGUCAAACAGUGUUUGGUGUCCGAGCAUGGGCAUAUACUAUUCUAUCUUUCAGUCGCUUGUUAUGGUUUUUGUACGUUGGAGCAAAGCUUGUAAAGAAUGUCAAAGACUUGCACACUGGAAAGCCGAAGAGCUAUGAUGGUACUUAAUGUUUUGAAAAAAGAUGAAAUCCUCAACUGAACUCAUCAACCAAGCCAACUUGAAAACUUCAAGUACUCUACAGGGAGAGAGAGAAUAUACAAAAAUCUAGAGAGUGACUUUGAGUGUGUUGACAACAUUAUUAACAAGUGUUCAUAAAAUGACACAUCCCCUCAAUGUCUUAUAAUCAGAUAUCCUGUUUGGUGGUAGGUGACAAUCAUGUUUGUCAUGUCAACAUGCAGUGGGGGUGUAGUCAUAUUCAGAGCAUCGUUGUUACUUUUCGGAUUGCUGGCCUGGCAUAGUAGAAAAAGCAAAGACCCCUGUACAGUGGCUCUUUGUGUUAGCCCUGCACCAUUGCCAUGUGACCUUUGACCUUCUCCUUCAGGUGCAUGGUUAACCUUACACACCAGUCUAAGCAAACCUGUGCCUGGGCCUGGUGUCCUCUUCUUCAAGUGCAUUAAGAGUCUGAGAAAACAGCUCUAUUACAAAACAACCCACCUCCUUAUUUUAGUCGUGUUCAUAUGGACAUUUAUUUCUUUAUUCAUUUUUCGUUUCUUUGUGUGUGUACGUAUGAUUAGGGUUGUUUUUAUGGCUACUACUGUAAAUGUUCAAUGUAAAUAGAUUUCAUAAUUAUAUUUAAUAAAUUAAGCUUUUCUACAGCUUUAUGUGCAUAAUGUA